GAGAACUCCGAUGAGGACUGAAGAAGAUUCCAAUAAGAUCAACUCCCUGUGAAGUGAUGAGUACACAGACCACAGAGAGCACCAGCGCAGAUGUGAUGGUUGUCUCCAAGGAGAUGGCAUUGCUUAGCAACAUACUGGCGGCUUACACCUUCAUCACAGACCAACCGGAGAGGACAGCUCUAGUCUUUCUGGGUGGAGUGUCUAUCGGUCUCCUUGUCACGCUCUGUGCCGUGGUCUUCCAGAUACAUUGUCGCGCCGACUGUCACUAUGGCAACAAGGUCACCGGGCCGGCCGGGGACAGCGAAUCCGAGGACUGGGAUGAAACGACUAACAUGUCGUCACGGAGACGCAGACGCUUCGAGAGGGCCUUGCUGCAUGCCGGCAUGUUUACAUCAGCUGAGGAACUGGACCAGGCCCAGCGGCUAGAGGAGCGAGAAAGGAUCCUGAGAGAAAUCUGGAUGAACGGACAGCCAGACAUCAGCACAGUCACUCAGAGCCUAAACAGAUAUUACUGACAAAACACACUGAAUGAUGAAUGAAAGGUAGGCAAGAGAAAUUCAAAGAAAGACACACAAAACAACGAAGGACUCAUGAACGUGUGACCCCAAAUGGACAAAGUGACCAUCAUGAUCUGUCCACACAUUUGCUCACUAACAUACAUUUUGUGUUUCAAACACAAUUUAAAUGGUGCUUUUGUAUACAUAUGAGGGAUGUGAAUGUGUUAGUUUAUGGAAUACACAUGUUCCUUAUUCCACCUUUUGUAUGCAUUGAAAGUUGAUAAAGGGAACAAUGGGCAUGAUGGUUUGAUUCUGGUGCUUUUAC